AGUUCGAGGCGAGGAAUUAUUGCUCGUAAUGAAUGUGGACAUGGAGGCACAGAUGAUAAAAUUAUCUUAUAACGACGUGUUGUGGAGGCACUACUAAUCACUUAGUAAUUUGAAAAGUAACGACAUUUUCAUCACCACAAUUCAAGUCUAUAGUGUUUGAAUAAACACUGAGUGAGGAUAUUGAGAAUUAAGUCGGUCCCAAAACGGGCUAUGACCGUGACCAAACCGCAUUCAAACGUGGCGCGAACGACCGUGUAGGGGGUGUUAUCGACUCACAAAGAGACCAAUAGUAAACAAAGUCAGCUGAGUUGAGCGCCCUUGGCGAGUGCAUGACGCAUCUCCAGACAAGUUUCUGAAUCCUGACACUGACUUCCUCACUACCAAAUAAGAUCUGUUAAAAGAAACUUCAGCUACUGCUCCUUUACCAUGUCUUCAGCAGAUGACCUAGAAGCAAUAUUGCCAGAAGGCAUUCGUGUAGCUUUACUAUUAACUGCAGUAUUUAUGGCUUUGGGAACAGGAAUCAGAUGCUUAACCACAGAUGAGAAAGCUUUUACCAUUUUAGCACAUUUGGGUGCAAUAUUCAAUGGAUUGGGAGGCAUUGUAAUUGGAGCUGCUCCUUCUUUAGUUUCAUCCAGGUGGUUCCCUCCAAAUGAACGUACAACUGCCACAGGUAUAGGUUGUACAUUCAAUCAAUUAGGCAAUGCUGGGGGAUUUUUUUUUGGCCCUUGGUUGGUGCACCUGCCAGGAAAUCACUCGAAGCCAGACAAUACCACAAGUGAUACUGAUGUAGAAGAUUUGAGAAGAGCUAUUUAUGACUAUAUGUGGAUAACAACAAAAACCUCUGGCUACUAGUCUUGCCAUACAGUAUUACUCUUGGGGUCAACGUGGCUUGGUCAAGUGUCCUUGACAUCAAUCUUGCACCUUUUGAUAUAUCACAGGAUGAAGCAAGUUGGAUGGGAGUUUACAUCACAUUCGGCGGUGUUGUUUUGGCUGUCAUAGCUGCAAGAUUUUCUGAUUUGCUUUUUGGAUAUAUGAAACUAACAAUCAUAGUAUUGAUGGUGAUUGCAACUGGAGGAUAUACCUGGUUUCUUCUGCUGAUGAAUAAGUGUCUUCCUUUUAGUAAAGCACAGCUGUUCAUCAGUGUGAUUAUUGGAGCUUCAUUCAACUAUGCUUGCUCACCACUAUUUUUUGAGCUUGCUGCAGAGUUGGCCUUUCCGGUAUCAGAAGGAGUGGUAGGAGGACUCAUGACAAUGAGCUGGAAUAUAGUCGGUGCAGUUUUCCUCCUCACAAUGCAGACCCAAACAAAGAGUAAGUGAGGGGGAAUGAGGCAGAGAGAGAGUGUGAGGCAGAGAGAGAGUGUGAGGCAGAGAGAG